AUGAAUCACGGUCCUUACGAUUGGGGAAGACCCUCCGACGACACAUAUGGUGCUUACAACCAUCAGAUAGCAGCAGCAAACAACAGCCAAUUUCCUAAAAUGAACACACAACAGCCAAUUGUAACAGGAACUUCAGUAAUCGCAGUAAAGUACCAGGACGGGAUUGUGCUUGCUGCCGACAAUUUGGGAUCUUAUGGAUCAUUGGCCAGAUUUUCGGAUAUUGAGCGUCUUCUUCCAGUGGGUGAUUCCACUAUUGUGGGAAUCAGCGGAGAUAUCAGUGAUUUACAACAGAUUGAAAGAAUACUAGACGAUUUGCAAGUUCAAGACUCCUAUGAUAUGGAGAAGCCUAACCUAAAACCAGAACAUGUGCAUGAAUAUCUUUCACGAGUCUUUUAUAAUAGAAGAUCUAAGAUGGACCCAUUGUGGAAUUCUACCAUUGUGGCAGGUUUGAGUUCCACGAACGAGCUGGUCCUCAAAUACGCAGAUCUGUUAGGUGUAACAUAUUCGUCUCCUGCAAUUGCCACUGGGUUUGGAGCACAUUUAGCCAUCCCCCUGUUGAGAAGAAAGGUUGAAACCGAGGAAGAUGCUUCCAAACUGACAGAAGAAGAAGCCGUUGAAUUGGUGCGCAACUGCAUGAAGGUGUUGUUCUACAGAGAUGCCCGUUCAAUUGACAAGUACUCUCUUGCUGUUAUCAGCCAGAGCAGGAAAAAGAUUGAUAUACACAAAGGACUUCGUUGUGAAGACAUGAAAUGGGAGUUUGCCAAACAUAUCCGUGGAUAUGGAGCACCUCAAUUGUGA